CUAGGGAAGAACUUUGUAGGGGUUCAAAAUUCCAUUUGGAUCCAUCAAGCUUUUGAUUUCCUUCAUCAGCUGGAUCGCAGACUUGUCUUUGCUGUAGCUGAGAUACUUCGUUUUUUUAAAUCCGAUCCCAUGCUCGGCGCUCACACUCCCACGCUGCUCCGAUACGUACUCAAAGAGGAAAGGCUCAAGUUGAGACUCGAUCUCUGGGUCGUACUCGGGUGUUGCCACUAUCACAUGUGUCAAUAUACCUAAAUGACCAAAUCCGCUGAUCCGAACGAUGCGUGAAGUGUCUAGACGUUCGUGAAGGGCUUCAAUCAGUUUGUAGAAGUGGGGAAGUGGCAGCGAUACAUCGUAUUUGAAGCAGUAGCCGUCACGCAAGCAACCUUC